AUGCCGGAGCCGGCGAAAUCUGCUCCUGCUCCGAAGAAGGGAUCUAAGAAGGCUGUGACCAAGACCCAGAAAAAGGGAGAUAAGAAACGUAGAAAAACUAGGAAAGAAAGUUAUUCAAUUUACGUGUACAAAGUGUUGAAGCAAGUUCAUCCGGACACUGGCAUUUCUUCUAAGGCCAUGGGGAUCAUGAACUCUUUUGUAAACGAUAUUUUCGAACGUAUCGCUGGGGAAGCGUCUCGUCUGGCUCAUUACAACAAGCGUUCAACCAUCACUUCCCGGGAGAUCCAGACUGCUGUGCGCCUGCUUCUGCCGGGGGAGUUGGCCAAACACGCGGUGUCUGAGGGUACAAAGGCUGUUACCAAGUACACCAGCUCUAAGUAAAGAUAAAUCGAAAGAAUGCUAACAUCUGUAACCCAAAGGCUCUUUUCAGAGCCGCCCACUUUUUCUGUAAAAGAGCUUUAGCACUAAACCAUGCAUGGUGUUCUUUUGACACAGUACUCUAUUCUGCAUUUUUAAUAUGUUUAUUAUUAUUGAUGGAUGCUGGAAAUAAAUUG